AUGGCCGAUUCAACCACUGCCGAUCCUAACAACAACACCGAGCAACCGAAGAAGCUGUUUCCCAAUGGCGCACCGCCUGAUGUGAUUGACGAUAAAAUGCAAGAAGCGCUGAAAAACUUGACAGUCGACGAUCUGGUUCGAGGCACCACUCCAAAGGACAUUGAAGAACGUUGUCUGUCUCUCUGUCAGGCCUACAUUGGCGGAACCUGGUCUCAGGCCAAGUCAACGGAGGACGUUGUUGUGAAGCGAAUUUCCGGUGGGCUGACCAAUCAGCUGUAUCACGUUCAGCUGAAGGACACUCUGCCAAAGGUGGCCAACACCAUUUACCCUGAUGAGCCAACUGAUGUGGCCAUCAAACUGUACCAGGCAAAGCACAUGAAGAACUACGAAGACGGCGAUUCAGAGCGGCUCACAGACAUUAUUGUUUUGACGAUUAUUUCUCAAGUUGGAAUCGGUCCAAAGGUGUACGGAAUCUUCAAUGAUGGAGUCAUUUUGGCGUAUCACAAACAUGAGCAAUUCCGUCCUAAGCACCAGAAAGACGCCAAACUGCUCAAGGAGCUGGCUCAGUUGCUUGCCAAGAUUCACCAUUUGAACGUUCCCAUUCGCAAAAACAACAACUGGCUUCUCACUGAAAUGAGAAACAUGCUCAAUGCUGGCUACGCAAACACUGACGUCAAGGGUCUUGUUGAAGAGCUUGACUUAAAGCAGUUCAAAAACAAGGAUUUGGCUGAUGAGUUUGAAGAGUUUGAAGUGUUGAUCAAAAACCUGAAAACGCCCAUUGUUUUUUGUCACAAUGACUUCCGAGGCAGCAACAUUCUCGUAACAGAGCCUAAUCAAAAGAUUCUACUUUGUGAUCUAGAGUACUCCAGUUACGGUGCUCGUGGUUUUGAUAUGGCAGUUUUUUUGACCGAGUGGGAAAGAGAGUUGUUUGAUUUUGAUUCAUUUACCAUGCCUGAAACAGAAGUCAUUGAAAACUUUGUAAAGUUGUACAUUGAGGAGUGCAACGAAAUUGUUCCCGGCUAUGCUGAAAAGCCAGAAAAUCAACUAACCACUGUGGUCAAUGAAGCUAAAAUCUUCUUUUUAGCCAACUUUAUGUUUUUUCUAGUUUUUAUGUUUAAGCAAACUGAAUCGCUAAUUCCUCAGAUUCCCUAUGACGCAAAAAACAAAAUGAAAUACAUUGACAAGUACUACGCAAAUUAUCUAAACAUCAAGAAACGACUUAUUGAUGACAAAAUCAUUUAA